AUGGCGUCCCGGACGUUGGAGAUCACCUUGGUCUCGGCCAAGGGUCUCAAGGACGUCAACCUCUUUUUCAAAAUGGCCGUCUACGCCGUGGUCUCCGUCUCCGAUAACCGUCUGGCACGGCAGCGCACGCCGCCUGACCGCGAGGGCGGCCGCAACCCUUCCUGGAACUCUACUCUCCACCUUACCAUCCCUGCCGAUGGCGACCUCGCCUGCCAUUUCCUCCACAUCCUCCUCCGCACCAAGCGCGUCCUCGGAGAUCGCGACGUGGGCGAGGUCCGCGUCCCGCUUCCGGAGCUCCUCUCUGGGGCCGGCGACGGCCCAACCUCCGUCCAGUUCGUCAGCUACCAGGUUCACAGGGUGACCUCCGGAAAGCCCAAGGGCAUUCUCAACUUCUCCUACAAGCUUAGCGAGCGCGUCGCCGUGUCGGCCUCGGAUGCCUCCACGUAUCAGCCUUCUACCACAGCGUACCCCACGGCCGCCGGCACUGUGCCGUACCCUCCACCACCUCUUCCUCCUCCUAUAUCAAACGCAGACGAGCCCGUGAUGGCGUACCCGGCAGGGACAAGCUCAGCCGCCUACGCAGCACACGGCGUGGCCGCGCCGCCGUAUGGGUACGGAUACCCGCCCGUGGGUUACGGGUACGGAUACCCUCCAGCGGGGCACGGAUACGGGUAUGGGGCAGCUCUGCCACCGGCGGUACGGCCACAAAGGGAUAACAAGAUGGGGAUGGGAAUGGGUAUGGGUAUGGGUAUGGGAGCAGGGUUCGUCGGUGGUGUGCUUGGCGGGCUUAUGGUCGAGGGUAUGAUGUCCGAUGCUGCUGCUGCGUACGACGCCGGCUAUGACAAUGGAUUCGACCCUGCCGGUAGCUUUUGA